AAAACAUAACAUGUAAAAAUAACCUGAGAGGCUGAGACCCUCCUGCUUCGUUGUCACAAUCACUAAAAUUCACAAAUUAAAGAAGCGAGAUAGAGAGAGAAGGUAAGAAAGAAAGGCAUGGAAAAUCAAAACAACAAGGUGGAGAAGGACAAGGAAGAGGAGGAUGACGCGGUAGGGCCGAUGGCGGGAGCGGAAGAGGAAGGAGAGGUGGGGUCCAGCUUGACCAUGGAGAGGGUGGCUGCGGCCAAACAGUAUAUCGAGAACCACUACAAGGCUCACAAGAAGCACCUUCAAGAACGCAGAGAAAGGCGAUCGGACCUGGAAAAGAUGUUGGCAUGUUCAGAUGUUUCAGAAGAGGAACAAAUCAAUCUGCUGAAGGACUUGGAGCGCAAAGAGACAGAAUAUAUGCGUCUUAAAAGGCAUAAGAUAUCUGUUGAUGAUUUUGACCUUCUCACUAUUAUUGGAAGAGGUGCAUUUGGAGAGGUUAGAUUGUGUCAGGAGAAGAAAUCAGGCAAUAUUUAUGCCAUGAAAAAGUUGAAGAAGUCAGAAAUGCUUAGCAGGGGACAGGUUGAACAUGUUAGGGCUGAAAGGAAUUUGCUUGCUGAAGUUGGCAGUCACUGCAUUGUGAAACUCUUUUAUUCCUUUCAAGAUGCCGAGUACUUGUAUCUAAUUAUGGAAUAUCUGCCUGGUGGUGACAUGAUGACUUUGCUGAUGAGGGAGGAGACCUUGACUGAAACUGUGGCUAGAUUUUACAUUGCUCAAAGUGUGCUGGCCAUAGAAUCUAUUCAUGAGCACAACUACAUUCACAGAGAUAUAAAACCUGACAACCUGCUGUUGGACAAAAGUGGUCAUAUGAAGCUCUCUGACUUUGGUCUUUGCAAGCCUCUUGACUGCACAAAUUUGUCUGCUAUAAACGAAAAUGAAGCUCUGGAUGAUGAGAAUUUGAAUGAAUCAAUGGAUGUUGAUGGCCGCUUUCCAGAAUCUGGUAGUGGGAGACGCUGGAAAAGUCCCCUUGAACAAUUACAGCAUUGGCAGAUAAAUAGGAGGAAAUUGGCAUAUUCCACAGUUGGCACACCUGAUUAUAUUGCUCCGGAAGUGUUGCUGAAGAAAGGAUAUGGAAUGGAGUGUGACUGGUGGUCACUUGGUGCUAUAAUGUAUGAGAUGCUUGUUGGUUACCCACCAUUUUAUUCUGAUGAUCCAGUAACGACAUGCAGAAAGAUUGUGCAUUGGAAAAAUCACUUGAAAUUUCCAGAGGAGGCAAGGUUAACCCCUGAAGCAAAGGAUCUAAUCACUAGGUUGCUUUGCGAUGUUGAGCAUAGGCUUGGUACUCUAGGGGCAAGCCAAAUUAAAGCUCAUCCAUGGUUCAAAGAUAUUUUAUGGGACAAACUCUAUGAAACGGAGGCAGCAUAUAAACCUGAGGUCAAUGGAGAACUUGAUACUCAAAACUUUAUGAAAUUUGAUGAGGUGGAUGCCCCAUCUGCAAAAAGAACAGGAUCAGGGCCCAUGAGGAAGAUGCUCUUAACUCCCAAAGAUCUUAGUUUUGUUGGCUAUACGUACAAAAAUUUUGCGGCUGUCAAAGGGUUACGUCAUUCUCUGGAAAAAAAGGGGAGCACAUCGCCAAAUCGACUUUCCACUGACUCUCUCAACAGCGAUUCUGCAGAGGACUACUCUUCUAAACUCUCAACUGACAACACAGAGACAGAGGUGCGUGCAGCAUCAGGGGAUACCAUUUGACGUUGAAGUGGCUGAAUCCUCCCAUGUAAAGCUUCUCACUAAAGAGUGAAGAAGCCCUUUGGGUUUGACCUGCUUAUUUUUCAGUCAGGUUUUGCCCUAGUCUAGUCUACCUUGUUAAUGUAGUUUGCUGCCACUUAUUUUAUGGAACUACUAAUUGUACAGUUAUACUGAAGAAUUCUGGUUCUGGGAAGCCCUUUGAUGGGUUGUUUGGUAGCAACAGUAUUGUAAUUGAAAGUUUUCUUUGAGAUAAUAUUGAGGUCCUGAUUACCCAGGUUGGCACAAAAGUAAUAUGCCAUCUCUUGUGGCUGCUUCGUUUUCCACUUGUGAAAUGGUGUGUGGUCUAUAACUGUUUUAAAAACACCAACUGGAUUUCUAUUGACAACUACGGGGCUUAGGUGAGAAGCAUGAACUUGGGACUCUU